AGUUUUCUGACCGUGCGCGCGUGUUUGUGUGUUGCGUCGCGCGCGGUGGGCGGGGCUUCGCUGAAUAUUCAUCAGCGCGCGGGGAGCUCCGUCCCCCCCGAGUCACAUUCACAGAAAGCUGAAGGAGGCUCGGCUCUCCAGCAGCUGGAUGGCGAUAUGACACACACGUGAACUACCCACCACUACUGACCGAACCCCGUCCUCCGUGGACGACGGUACCGCUUCCCCGGUGUCGUGACAGCUGCCCGGAACCUUUUUUUUUUUUUUUUUUUUUUGAAUGACUUCUUACCGCUACAAUGAUGGAGUCCAUUUUAGACACUUUGACAGCAGACAAACUCUACUCGUCCGGAGGCACCAACCUGUUGGACCUGGAGGAACUCAACGACGGAGAUUUCCUCACCAACGUGCCCUUCUCAGGAGACCAGAUGGACGACUUCAGCAGUGAAUUAUUCAGCAGUUUCUUUGAGGACCACCUGUUAGAGCGCCCCCUGCUGGCCGACAGGCAUUCCCUCCUACACAUGGACAUGGACAGCAGCCCAGACAUCCAAGCAGAGCACAGCUAUUCUUUGAGUGAAGACUCCGCCCCCCAGAGCCCCGCCCUGUCAGUCAAGAUGGACGAAGACUCUGAGUUUGAAUGGAACUUCAGUCAGGACCUGUCUGCCAUUUUAGUGAAACAGGAGGAGCCUGACGUGGGUCAGAGGUCAGAUCCGCAGCCUGUUGAAGGCCCAGCUUUUAUUCUAAGCCCCGCCCCUCCGCGGAGAGCAUCACCAUGGAGACACACAGUGCGCAGUCCGGACGACGUCAAGCCCGUGGCUAUCAAAGAUGAACCCAAAGAGAUGGGACAGUACCUCAGCCUGCCCAGUGAUGACGCCCUCCAGCUGCCACCCACCCCGCCAAGCAGUAACCACGGCGACAGUGAUGGUUCCCUACCGCCUUCCUCCCCGCUCCUCCCUCUGCCUCCGUCUUCCCCGCAGCCCCAACAGAGGCCAGCGGGUCGUGGCUCCUUGUCCUCCUCCUCAUCUACAGCCAUCUCGUCUUCCCCUCUACUAACCGCACCACACAAGCUGCAGGGUUCCGGACCCCUCAUGCUGACGGAGGAAGAAAAGCGGACUCUGGUCGCUGAGGGAUAUCCUGUACCCAACAAACUUCCUCUCACUAAGAGUGAAGAGAAGGCGCUGAAGAGAGUCAGACGGAAGAUAAAAAACAAGAUCUCAGCUCAGGAGAGUCGGAGGAAGAAGAAAGAGUAUGUGGAAUGUCUGGAGAAAAAGGUGGAUAACUAUACGUCAGAAAAUGGUGACCUGUGGAGAAAAGUGGAAAACCUGGAGACUGCGAACAGGACUCUCCUACAGCAGCUUCAGAAACUCCAGUCGCUUAUUUCAGGGAAAGUUGUCCCACGCUCUUGUAAAAUGGCCUCAACUCAAACAGGGACGUGCCUCAUGAUGAUGGCCUUGUGUUUUGUCCUGGUUUUGGGCUCCUUCUCUCCUCGCCUCUCCUCCCUCUCUUUCAUAACUGAUGCCACAUCCUCCUCCAUACAAGCCCCUUCCCCUCCCUCUACCCAGUCAGAGGACCUAUACACCACCACUCAGGUCCGAUCCCGUAGCCUCCUCUUCUUCGAUGGAGGAUCUCCACUAGAGGAUGCACCAAAGACAUUACUAGUGGAGAGGAUAGAGUCACAAAGUAGCUUUCAGACGAGCCGCUACACAGCUGAUCCUCACAGGAACAACACAAGCGGGCCCAAGUUGGACCACAGAGAAACGAAACCAAAGGAGGUUUCAGAAUUCUUCUGACAGACAACCUGAAGCAUCAUUCCCGUCACAUCCCAGAAGAUACCGACUGCAAUAGCCGCCCCCCUCAAACUUCAUGGCAGCCACCCCUUACACAAAGUUUACCUGCUCGUAUUUAUUAUGAUAAUGUAACUUUGAGUUGAAGUGAAUGACAUCAUAGAUCUCAUUCAUGCAAGCACGUAUGGACCUCCACUGUGUUUUUUUUAUUUCAACUUGUGCAUUCACUGACACCCACCAACAUGUUCUAAACUAGGCAUGUUGGUGUCCUUCUACACAGGAAGUCAUUUAAGUGCCUUCCACUUGCGUUUGUCCACUUAGCCUUAAAUAAAAGGCUUAAGGAGACAACCAAAUAACCCCUCUAAGGAUUAGAGCAUUUUAACAGACCAGUUCAUCUAUGUGUGAGGUCUAAUCAACUUGAAUUCAAAAAUUACAACCAUAUUUUCAUAUUAGAGAUAUCUGACAGACGGUGGGAAAAGUGACAUACAUGUAUUUUUAUGGAGUUCAAAAAUGUAUAUAUAAUAUAUUUGCAGCAUCAAAAUCAAGCAUAUUUAAAUUAUGCAACAAAAAAAAAUACGUGUACUGAUUUUAACAGUUUGUAUUGUCUUGUUUUUUUAAAUAAUGUAAAAGAGACAAAAAUUACAUUGGUUCGUAAUAUAUUGCAAGCAUUAAAAAAAAGCUAAUUUGCUUUUUUCUUGCAUAAAACAAUGACAUGUUGUGUUGACCAUUGGUGGUGUAAUUCAAGUGCUGUUUUGUGAGCGUCAAACUGGGGGUUUGUGUCAUUUUCCCCUGAAUUUUGUUUUAUCGCACAAAAAAGAAAUCCUUAAAAUGAAAGACACAUUGAAGUCAGGGCAAAAGUAUUCAACAUUGACCCAAAUUUCCACAACCUAACUGGAUUGUGACAUUUAAGUUUAAUGUCAAAUAUUCUUGUGCGACAGUAAUGUAUCUUCUAUUUAUUUAUGUCUGUAGAAAGAGCAUGUAUAUUGAUGAAUUACAAAAAAAGAAGAAGCCCUACUUCAGGUGGGAAAUAAUUUUCUCCAUCAUUGCUCUGAUCAUCCAUCCAUUUUCUACCACUUAUCCCUCUCGGGCUUGAGAAUAAAUGUAAACAUUUCAGUGCGCUCUAAAGUCCUAUGUCCCCCAAACACCACACUGAUGGUUGUAUUUGGUUUGGUCUAGUCCAGUGGGCAGCACGGUGGAAGAGGGGUUAGUGCGUCUGCCUCACAAUACGAAAGACCUGAGCAGUCCUGGGUUCAAUCCCGGGCUCUGGAUCUUUCUGUGUGGAGUUUGCAUGUCCUCCCCGUGACUGUGUGGGUUCCCUCCGGGUACUCCGGCUUCCUCCCACCUCCAAAAACAUGCACCUGGGGAUAGGUUGAUUGGCAACACUAAAUUGGCCCUAGUGUGUGAAUGUGAGUGUGAAUGUUGUCUGUCUAUCUGUGUUGGCCCUGUGAUGAGGUGGCGACUUGUCCAGGGUGUACCCCGCCUUCUGCCCAAUUGUAGCUGAGAUAGGCUCCAGUGCCCCCCGCGACCCCGAAGGGAUUAAGCGGUAGAAAAUGGAUGGAUGGAUGGAUAGUCCAGUGGUCCUUAACCUUGUUGGAGGUACCGAACCCCACCAGUUUCAUAUGCGCAUUCACCGAACCCGAACCGUAAUCGUAAAAUUAUGUUAUCAUAUUAAAGAAAUACUAAUAAAGAUGUAUUUUACAAACAGAAAGUUACAGGAAUGUACACGAUCCCAUGUUUACAUCUCAUUGUGCAACAUGUGAAUGUUUUAGUAGGAACUAAAUGCGAUAUCUGAAAGGGUUACACAUUAUUUCCAAAACAGGACCCCCACCCAGACAUAUAAUACUAGUACACAGCUCAUGAAAAACAACAUGUUAUAGUCAUUGUAAGUGGGCCAAAACAUUUAUAUUAGAAAAUAAUCUCAUGGAAAUGACUGCUGUCAUUUGAUUAUAAUAAUAAAACAUUGAACGUGUUAUUUAGUCAGGUUAGGGACAGGUGUGCUGCAGGUGUGACCACAGUGCA